ACGGACUUUUGACAGUUCGUUAAUCUAGCUGGGACAUUAUAUUACACAUUCUGCCUGUACAUGGAGUUUUUUUUUUAAAUUUGAAUUGAAAAAGAAACAUUUAUUGUUUAUAAUAUCGCAAAAACUAUUCAGUAAUUUUACUAUUGGAAAGAUAACCGGCAAAAUCAGACUCACGAUUUUAUUUUGUCAAAUUACUGUGAAUAAUUUGCAUUAAAGAAUUUUUAAAACACGAGUUUAAUUUUUAUAGAAUGUACCUCUGAUACACUGUUAAAAAUCGGGAGUGAAUUCGGAGUGAUUACGAAUUGUAUUAAAAUUCAAAUUCACUUCUUCAAUCGGAGUUCUGGAGUUUGUUAAAAGAUUACUCCGAAUACGGAGUAAGUAGGGAGCUUCUCUUUUCAGCGAAGUGAUCUGGAUUUUAUUUCAAUUCACAAUCACUCAUUAAUUUAAUCAUGGUAACUCAAGAAGACAACGAAAUUCAAGAGAAGUUUAUUUUACAAGCGUUAGAUGAACUAGGACAAAGUUCACAACUUCUUUGGAUUGUUUUAUUCGCUAGCAUUUUAGUGUCAUUGAUAAACGGAUUAAAUACCAUGUCUUAUAUAUUCAUUGCUGAGGUACCCAAUUAUUGGUGCGCUAUUCCGGAGCUUACAAAUGCAAAUUGGACAGACGAACAAAUUAAAAAUAUUUCUAUAAUAAAUGGAUGUCAAAAGUAUGAUUAUAAUUACACGUAUCUCGCGAGCUUGGAAUAUGAAGAAGCCACAGAUUAUGUCAAAGAUAGUGAAUUUAAUACCAGUGUUGUUUCUUGUUCAUCGUUUGUAUUUGAUAAAAGUGGAAGGUCGACGAUUGUCAAUGAAUGGCAAUUGGUCUGCGAUAGAAAAGUGCAUCGAGCAAAUACAUUUCUUGCAUACGCAUUUGGAAAACUAGUAGGUGGUGGAAUUUUGGGAAUAGCCGCGGAUAAAUAUGGAAGGAAAAAAUCAUUAAUUAUUAGCUUAGUGUUACAAACUGUUGCCAUGCCUUUAUCUGCAUUAGUUCCAUGGUUUUGGGCUUAUAUUGUAUUCAAAUUUCUUGUAGGUGCAAGCGUUAGUUCUUUGUAUUCAACAGCUUAUACAAUGUUGUCCGAAAUUGCUACAAGCCACAGAAAAAAGGUAUUCGGUGCCAUUAUUGAUUCAAUGUUUCAAAUUGGAACUUUAGUUCUUAUAAGUAUUGCAUAUUUCUCAUCAGAUUGGCGACAUUUGCAAUUAACACUGUCAUUAUUUACUUUGUUAUUAGUAAUUAUUAUUUGGUUUGUACCAGAGUCGCCAAGAUGGUUGAUAUCACAAAAUCGUCAUAGCGAAGCAAAAAAAUUAAUCAAAAAAUAUUAUAAAACUAUUAAUCAACUGUCUGUUACCACAGAAGAUCCAAUGCGAACAUUCUUACCGCUCGAAAAACCUGUAUUGAAAAAUAACCCAAAAAAAGGCUUGAAACGAUAUUUUGGAAAUUCGUCAAUUUUAUUCUCAGAUCCAAUUUUGAGAAUAAAUAUAAUUAUUAUGUACUACACAUUUUUUGCUACUUUUUCAGUCAGCUAUUAUCUCAUUCUCAAUAUUGAUAUAUUUGAAACAAAUCGUUAUAUUUAUUCAACAAUAGGAGCAAUUAUUGAAUUAAUAGCACUCACAUCAGUGCCAGCGAUUCUGAUAUUUUUCAGUUGCCAAAAAGCAAAUGCUCUACUUCACAUAAUUUUGUCUAUUUCUAUGCUAACAAUCGGAACUGUUUCAAAAAAAUAUGUAUAUGUAGCUAUGGUCAUGACAAUGAUAUCAAAAUUUCUCGUAACAGUAUGUUAUACGACUAUCGCGUUGUUUUGCUUAGAAUUAUUUCCCCCAGGUGUUAGAAAUUCCGCUUUUGGAACAAGUUUGGUCAUGGGACAAAUUGGAUCAAUGACAGCACCAUAUAUUGUCGAUUUACUUGGUCAAGUUGCUCGUUGGGUACCCCCUGCACUUUGUGCAACUUUAUCUUUCGCAACUGGACUUUUUAUCCUUAUAAUAUCCAAAAAUGAACUGAAUAAUAAAAAUAAUAUUAAGAUUAAAGAGGAAAUUCCACUUAAGAAUAAUAGAACUUGAAUUAAUUUAAAAAUAAUUUUUUUCUCUCCCCAAACUAAAAGUAGUCAUGUGGGGCAAAUGUGCGCAAACCCAUUGAUUUCGGACUUGCUUCACAUGACCCUUCGGUUUUGCUGGUCAUAUUACACUCCAAAAAAGUGUCACUUUUGUGGCCAGCUCGCAAUACAGAAAGCUGUUACUAAAGUACUCUUAUUUUUUAUAGCUUGGUUACAUAGCAAAUGUACAGAGAUUGUUCAAUUACAAACAAAUAAUUUAAGAAUUCAAAAAGUCAAGGUUUCAAAAAAAUACCGUUACAGAUAUUAUAAUUUUUUACAUGUCUAUUUAUUUAGUUGAUUCAAGUUAAUUGUUUUUUCUGUGUGCGACUAAACAAAUGUCUGGUAUUCUUCUAAUUUAUCAUUCAGGCAGACAAGUAUCACUAUGUAUAGUUCAUUUUAUAUCUUCAAAGUCACUGAGAAAUAUUCAUAAAUUUCCCAACAUUUAAAACAAUGGAGGCCAAAAGUUAUUUCUUAUUGUCAUAAUUAUUAAUUUUAUGAUGAUAAAUCACUUGUACAUAUCUCUAAGUUAUCUUUUGAGUAACGUAAGCCCGGCUUUUGACAGUUCGUUGAUGUACCUGGGACUUAGUAUAAUUUAUAUUUGGUAUGUAAGUGUUCCAAUUUUCGUAAAUAAACUUCUACUUGAAAACGAAAUAUUUUUCUUAAUUAUCACGAAAUUAGGGAAUUAUAAAAA